UUUCCUGACAAAGCCACAGAGAAUAACGCCUCCGGCAUGGAGAUCCAGUGUACAAACUGUACCAGCGGCUGCACCUGGAGAGGACUGCUCCAAGACUACCUGAGCUCUCACGAGAGGGAGUGCGAGUAUGCAGUGGAGCCGUGCACCAACGCUGCCUUCGGCUGUGCGUUCAGCGGGGAACGCAGGGCACUGCAACACCACGAGAGCCAUGUCUGUGAGUGGAGGCUGGUCUACUGUCAGCACUGCAGCUGCUCCCUGCCACACAGCCUGCUGGAGGAUCACUUGUCAAACUGCCCGAAAAACAAGCCCAAGAAUACACCAGAGAUACCGCCCAGAGGCACGGGGGCGGAGGAAGAACCCCAGCAAGGAGACAAGAGCUCUUGUCAAUCUGAGGCACACAGCUCUCCCAAGAAGCCCCAGUCCCUGGUAGACGCGCUCUGCUCCCCGGCUCACCUCCUCAGGCUGCUGUCAGUCACCUCCUCCCUGCAGACUCGCCUCGACCGGGGCGAGGAAGUCAAUGCCACCUUCAAGAAGCUGGUGAUGAGCAAACUGCUGGCAAUGCAGAGCCUGCUGUCCACCGAGCAGGGGGAGAAGGAGGGGGACGCCUCGACCCCCAGGGAAGAAAUCAAAACGCUCAGUCAGGACCUGGCUGUCUGCAGAGGGGCUCUAGCGGAGCUCCAGAGCCGCUGCCUGGGGUACGAGCGAGCCCUGAAGCACCUCCAGAGCAGGGGGGGUGCCACCGCGUCUGAGAACGGGACCCUGGUGUGGAAGAUCAAAGGCUUCUCUGCCAGCCUGAGGGAGCCCGAGAGCAGCACGGCCCCCCCUCUCCACUCCCCCGCCUUCCUCAGCCACCCCUUUGGGUACAGACUGUGCCUCCGACUGUACCCCUGCGGAGACGGGGUGGGCUGGGGCUCCCAUGUCUCCCUGUUCCUGUGUGUGAUGCGGGGCGAGUGGGAUGACGUCCUGCCCUGGCCCUUCAGGCACAGGGUCACCUUCUCCUGCCUGGACGCCUCGGGGGGCGGCAGUGACGUGCGCGAGGCCUUCCUCCCCGACCCCCUGAGCGCCUCGUUCCAGAAGCCCCGCGCUGCCGUCAACGUGGCCAGCGGCUGUCCUCUCUUCAUCAGGCACUCCCUGCUGCUCGCCCCCCACAACCCCUACCUCCGCAACGACACCCUGUACAUCAAGGCUGUCAUCGAGGCACACUGACAAACACAGAGACAGGCACAGAAACACACGGACUCAGACAAACACAGAGACACACUGACAGAGAGACACAAACACGCUGCAUGUCAAGGAAGUCAUUAAUAUGAGCGGGGCAGCACUGGGAGACAGACACAUUGACAGAGACACACUGACAUUAUUGCGGUCAUUGACAGGAGUGAAGCAACAUGGUAAACUAUACAGAGGCACACACUUUUGUUUGUAGCAUUUAUGAGAACUUUCCAUUGACUCCUGUACUCUGCAGAUUCAUAUUCUAACCUUAGAGGGGUUUCAACAUAAUUUUCAAACAUUUCCUUUCAAAAAGCACUGUGGGCCGGGCCUAUAUCCUGGAAGGUGGGUUUUGACCCUGAAAACUCUACAAACUAACCCACAACCUGGUCAGCUCUAUCCAGCAAUGCAUGACUGCAACCAGAGCUGGAGAGAGACAGUCUGUGGCCCAUGAUCAGAAUCCACAGGGACUGCAUGCUGCUACCUCUCGCUGGCACGAAUAGAGGGGGGCAAUGCUUGCUGUUAUUCACUUGUAUUUAUGUAGAGAUUGUAUUUAUUUAUCACGUUUUGAUCCUGAACCGCUGGCAUGAAAAAUCAUGUCUGUUGGUAGCUGACGUGGUGCUUGUCUGUAUCCUUUCCUCUAGUAUUGUACUGCAAAGCUGCCUUUAACAUUGGAUCAAUGGGGAAAAUGACAAAACAUGAAUAAAUAACUAAAACAUCUAUAGCUGUGUUUUGCAAAAAAACUGAGAAGCUAUUGAUUACACAGCAAGACACUACAAUGCACUGUAAUGCAUAGCAAAGUAAACACCUGGUGGUAUUAUCGCACAUUGCUUUACCAUACACAGCAGCAUCGUGUCAGGACACUUGAUAUUUAUUUUAGGUUUAGAAAAAAAUAGUCAGAGCUCAAUACUGGAGCGAGAGAACCACAAUCCCAGCGGUGAAACUGUGUGGGAAGCGUCAGAAGGUGUGAAAAAGGCACUUGAAGUUACUCAAGCUAUGUUUUCAUCAGCCACCGAGUUGAAAGCGGUUUGAAAUCAGACUCGUUUAUCUGAGAUCAAAUCCGCUUCGAUUGGGACCCGCAGCCCAGUUAGGAUGGCAGAACCCCAUCUCUGCAAGAAGGGUGCUAGAGAGGUUUUUAAAUCUGCAAUAAGAAAAAAACGUGGGCUGAGGAUGAAAGCUGUACAUAUAUUACACUGUGAAAUAGGAGCAGCUUGUGAAUCUCUCUCUAAAUGGCAAUUAUACAGUGAUUCAUACUUGUGAUAUUUUGUGUUAUGUCUGGUUGCUGAUUGGUUUUACUUGACAAUCAACUGCCAGCUUAGGAGCUGGUGAAAAAUAUAACGACCUUUGCUGUCCAUGCUCCAGAAAUGCGCUGGCAAGCGUCGCAUUGAUUUCUAUGAAGGGUAUUGUCAACUGACAAUGGAAA